AUGGGUGCGAAGGCAACAGGCGAAGGGAGGAGGGGGAGAAGAGAAGAAGAGUUGGUGGGCUCGCGGUCCGGAGAGGGCGGCGACGAAGGUGACAAGAGGCAGAACUUGGAACGCCAGACUGGCAGGGGUGGGGAGCGCUUGCCUGCCAAGCCAAGUCGACAGACGCAAGGAAGGCGCAAGGGAGCAUUGCCCAAUCACUGCCUAGUCUCGACGCGUCGCCGGCCAGUUCUCGAUCGAUCGCGUCACAGCCACAGGCUUCUUCCUCGUGCCUGCAGACGAGCCACUCCUGCUGCCGUGCUAUCAAAGCCCAAUGUUUCUGCCCUAUGUUUCCUGCUGCGUGACAGUUCAAAUUGCUUCUUCCGCAGAGCACAUCAUCGUCGGUCGAGAGGAGAUGUGCUCGUCAACAACGCGUCGGAGUGCGUAAACAUGCUCAGCAUUAACGCGUCUAAGAACCCGCCGAAGAGACUGAGACAACAGCGGUCGUGA